UUAAAGCAACUCUCCCCUCUCGCUCUCUCUUUUUGCGGAAUAUCUUCAACCUCUUCAUCUUCAUCAUGACUUUUGAGGAAGUUCUGAUCCAGAAACCCGCCGAGCGCGCUCAGUGCACCGGCAAAGCCCUGGAGGAGGUCCUGGUGUCGGCUCAGGACAACAUCACCGUCGGCGUCUACGAGUGCGCAAAAGUUAUGAACCUGGACCCGGACAGCGUGUCCUUCUGCGUCCUGGCCAUGGACGAGGAGUUCCAGUGCGACAUCGCGCUGCAGAUCCACUUCACGCUCAUCCAGUCCUUCUGCUUCGACAACGACAUCAGCAUCGCGAGAGUGAGCGACAUGCAGCGUCUGGCCGAGAUCGUGGGCGCCAAGGCGGCGCCGCUGGAAGACGCCCACUGCGUCCUCAUUACGGUACGUGGAGCUCCCGGAGCGAGGGGAGAGAGGGGGACGCAUGACGUCACAAGUGUAUGUGACGUCUUCUUUUCUUUCUGUUUGGUUGUCAAGCCGUGUCUCACGCCUCUCCCUCUCUCCUCCUGUGUGAACAGAACCCGGCUGACGGGUCUUGGGAGGACCCGGCUCUGCAGAAGCUGCACCUGUUCUGCGAGGAGAGCCGCAGUCUGAACGACUGGGUUCCUGAGAUCCUCCUCCCCGAGCGCUGAGCGGGGCCCUCAGCUCCUCUCGUGCACUCGAGAUGCUGCAAAGCUUCUUGUUGUUUUGGAAACACUCGUCCUCGAUGAAGAGGAAGAGCCCGUUUCUGCUCAUGGAUCCUCCUGAGGAGGAUUCCCGCCCCGGCAGCACGGCGCCGGGCCCCCGGAGGGGCCCACAUCCGGCCCGCGAGCCGUCGCCUCUCGUCCCGUCCAUGCCAAGAUGACUCUCAUUCUUUCUGUGAAUGAGGUCAGGUAUGCCACGAGAGCGACACAUCGGCCCUCAUUCUUUGUGCGGAUGAGGUUUGGAGAGGGAGGAGAUGCGAGCCGUGCGUCCUGCGGUCCCCGCAGAGCGCAUGCGCCGCACGUUGAAGCACGCGCAGCAGGAGAAGAAGCGGUGCUGAGGAGGAGGCGCCGGGCAGGAAGAAGACUUUCCUCCCGGCGUCCUCUUCGCUGAGCGACACGACGACACGUCGCCAUCGGCGGAAAUGUUUCCCACUUUCCAGAAGUGUCUUAAUUCUCUAAAGGUUUCACUUUAGAAAUUGACAAAAUAAUAUUCUAUAAAAAAAUACUUAAAUAAUUGAAAACAAAGUUUAUUCUCUAAAAGUUUCACUUUGGAAAAUAGAUAAAUAAAGUAAAUGAUGAGAAUGUGUUGGAGUGUCUUGUAAACAUUCACCUGCGGUGAAAACAAAUGUCAACAGAAUGAAACAUGUUGGACCUGAUGCUGUUGGAUCAAUGUUUGAAUUAUUAAUUAUAAAUCUUUAUAUCUGUGUCACUGUAGAAAUGGUUUGAAAUGCUCAAUAAAACAAAAAGUAAAUAUAUA